AGGCAGCUUCGAUGAACCCACCUCCAAAUUCUGUGUCGCCUGUGUGACAGAAGCGUUUGAUUACCUGCAUCGACUAGGCAUUAUCUACAGAGACCUGAAGCCAGAAAACUUAAUUCUGGAUGCCGACGGCUACCUUAAGUUGGUUGACUUUGGAUUCGCUAAGAAAAUUGGCUCCGGGCAGAAAACAUGGACGUUCUGUGGGACUCCAGAAUAUGUGGCCCCUGAGGUCAUUCUGAACAAAGGACAUGACUUCAGUGUGGACUUCUGGUCCCUGGGAAUUCUAGUAUAUGAGCUUCUAACUGGCAACCCACCCUUUUCUGGGGUAGACCAAAUGAUGACCUACAAUUUGAUUCUCAAAGGAAUUGAAAAAAUGGACUUCCCUAGAAAGAUAACAAGGCGACCUGAGGAUUUGAUCCGGAGGCUUUGCAGGCAAAACCCAACAGAAAGGCUGGGGAAUCUGAAGAAUGGGAUCAAUGACAUUAAGAAACACAG